UUCGUGUGAAAACCCGAGACCGGACCGGGGGAUGGCCAACAAAAUGCGCAAAGGUAGGAAGGGCCAGCAGCCCAUGUCGGCGGCCGUGAAGAAACAGCGCCGGAAGGAGCGAUCGCAAAAGGCGCCGGUUUCCCGCUUCAAGAAGAAUCUGAGGCACAUCGAGCGUAGCAAGGAGGCAAUGGAAGCGCUCAAGCGGCAACAGGAAGCGGAACGGAAGUACAAGCACAAGAUGAAUGCGUCGGUUGAGCAGGAGCGGGAUUUGGUCAGUGGGAGCGAUGAUGAUGGGGACCAAGGGGCGCCGGAUGCUUUCGAGACGCUGGUGAAGACGUUGAACAGUGGCCGGAAGGGAACCGGCAGGCGGGAGGAGGCUAUUGAGAGUGAGGAAAGUGAGAGCGAGGAUGAUGGAGAAGAGGACGAAGAUGGUGAUGAGGAUGAUGCAAUUGAGAAAGAGGAAGAAGAAGAGGAUAUGGAACUCGAUUCCGAAGAGGAUGGGAAGAGCCCCGUGGAAUCUGAAGCUGAAGUCGAGGAAAUCGAAUCUGGAGAGGAUUCUGACCAGGAAGAAGGCAUCGAAGGGGAUCCGUACAUGGCCCACAUUAGCCACAACAUCAGUUCCCAAAUGUUAGAAUCGAUUUUGGCCAAUCCGAUGGUGGCUCAAAAGACCACCUUGAAGGUUAAAAAGCUGGGACAGUUGAUCAUCGAAAUACCCAAGGAUCGUAGCAAAGAGAACCAGGCGGUAGCUCUUCUGGAGGACGAUGAAAUUUACGCCUCGGAAGGAACCAUUCCAAAAGUGCUAAGCUUGGACAGUCUGGAUCUGAAGAAGCUCCACCUCAAGGAACGGAUCCAGCGGCACUUGGAGGAACCGGUCUUCAACGAAUUGCAAGCCGAGUGCUUUUCCAUUUUGAACAACUACCAGGAUCUGUACUACCCGGCAAGGACCCUGGCUAACGGAGAAGCACUUCGGUUCGUAUACUGCUUGCAUGCCUUAAAUCACAUCAUGAAGGCCACUUCAAAAAUCCUCCAUCACAACUUGAAACUGGCCGAGGCAGCCAACAAUAAGAAAAACAAGAACAAGAAGCAAAAGAAAGAAGUUCAUAACGCAGUUAGUCAGGAGUACCGCGAUCAAGGACUGGUUCGUCCGAAGGUUCUGAUCGUGGCCCCAUUCCGAAGUGCCGCGCUUAAGAUUGUGGAAACGCUGAAGAAUCAGUUCGCUGGAGACGACCUGAAAGCCGUCACCAACUACAAGCGCUUCCUUGAGGAGUACGGAGGAGAUUCGCUGUACUUUCCGCGGCACAAUCCGAAACCGGAGGACUACGAGCGGACGUUCGCCGGCAACACAGACGACAACUUCCGGAUUGGGAUUUCGUUCAGCAAAAGUUCCAUGAAGCUGUACACCAAGUACUACAAUUCGGACUUGAUCCUGGCAUCGCCUCUGGGCCUUCGCAUGACCAUCGGAGCCGAAGGAGAAGCCCAGCGCGAUUUCGACUUCCUAUCGUCCAUCGAGUUGCUUAUCAUGGACCAAGCGGAUAUCUGCAUGGCUCAAAACUGGGAUCACGUGGUCCAUCUGAUGGACCAUCUCCAUCUGCAGCCUCAGAGUACGGAACAUACGGACUUCUCACGUGUUCGCAACUGGUGCAUCAACGGAUGGUCCCGUUUCUAUCGGCAGACGCUUCUUCUGUCCUCUCACGACCUACCGGAGUUCAGAUCCAUCUUCAACAACAAGUGUGCCAACUAUCGUGGCAAGAUCCGGACUGCCAACCCCAUCAAAACCGGUUUCAUCAGGCACGUCGUCGUUCAAGUCCCUCAAACCUUCCAGCGGAUCGAGGUAAGCUCCUUGGAACAGUCAUUCGACACCAAGUUCCAUCAUUUCACGUCAAUCCUGCUGCCCCAGCUGCGCUCCAUAACCAUGUCCCGCUGUUUGAUCUUCAUCCCAUCCUACUUCGACUACGUCCGGCUGCGAAACUACUUCAAAAAGGAGGAACUCAGCUUCGUUCAAAUCUGCGAGUACUCCAAGGACGCCAAAAUAGCCCGUGCCCGGGACAUGUUCUUCCACGGAAGCAGUCACUUCCUGCUCUACUCGGAACGAUCGCACUUCUUCCGCCGUCCCCGAAUCAAGGGCAUCCGACAUCUGGUGUUCUACCAACCACCGACCUACCCGCACUUCUACGCCGAGAUGAUCAACCUGAUGGCCAACGAGUACCAGAACCGAAAGGACGGAAUCGAUGCCAGCUCGAUGACCGUAACCGUACUCUACACCAAGUACGACGUGCUGCGACUAUCGUCCGUAAUCGGAUCCGAACAAGCGGCAAAAAUCGCCGCCAGUCCGAGAGCAGCCCAUACCUUUACCACCCAGAAGUAGAAUAAAUUCUCCGGUUUCCACAAAAA